UGAGCCCCAAUAUGGCAAUGCGCACCACACCUCCUACGCAAUAUACUAUUACUGGAGAAGUGCGGCCGUUCUAGGUGGGAUGUAGUUAUGAGUCUAUGGACGCCUUGCGUGAAACAGUUCAGUUUGUCGCCGUUGCGAAGGUUUUUCAGUACAAGCGGAGAAGAUCGCACCGCACCCGUUUUCACGUCAUCUGCAAUAAUCCCGACUGCCCGUGGGAGCUGGAGGGUAGAGCAACACAUGUGAAUGGCCCGACUGAGAUUGUUAGUCUCACCCCGCAUCACCCCAGUUGCAGAGCGCCGGUUCGGGAAGCAGCAGGCAAUAAACACGCAAAGGUGAAGUGGGUGGAGCUGAUGGUGCGAAAGAAAUUACAAGAGAAGAUCGAAACUACCGCGUCUGAUUUAAUGAAAUGGUUUGCGGGAACGAUUGAAAACCCCGUCAGCUACAGCAAGUGCGUCAGAGCACGGGCGAGAGUGGUCGAGGAAUUAAAAGGCGCUCCGGAGGCCGGGUAUACUCAUUUGCACACGUACUGCAGGGUCGUGCGUGAGGCCAACCCAGGGUCCAUCAUCGAACUGGAAUGUAAUGGCAAUGUGUUUGUCAGCAUCCUUUUUGCAUUCACUGCUUCGGUGAAUGGAUUUGCACACUUCAGGUCGUUGCUUGUGCUGGACGGGGCGCAUAUUAGGGGGAAGUACGAGUGCUGCCUUCUCGGUGCAAUUGCACGAGACGCGAACGCCCAAUGUUUYCCCGUUGCGUAUGCAGUUGUUGACGCAGAAAACAAGAAGAAUUGGRAAUGGUUUUUGGUUCUUCUGAAGUGUGUCUGUGAUGCCGCUCACGUGCCUCACGACAUGAUCACGAUAAUGUCCGACCGCGACAAAGGACUCAUUCCGGCGGUUAGCGAAGAAUUCGAUGAUGACCGCCACGCGGAUUGUGUUCGUCACGUGAGCGAUAACUUGCUAAAGAGUUUGCGGGUCAACAAAGAGCAGGCAAAGAUGCUCCUUGAAGCAGCGUGUAGAACACCGAGACCGACUAGUGGAGUCAUUGGAGUGCGCCCUUGCGACGUGCCCGUUGCAUGUGAUGUCACCCGUGAACAUGUUGGUCCGACACGACCUCAAGGUCAUGAGCGGUUCGGGGUCGAGCACGAUGAUCUUGGUGUUUUCGGCGCAAUUGUUUCCGACUUUGAAGGCCACCAACACGCAGUGCAUGAGCAUGAAGGUUUUUUGGAGGACGAGGGUGUGGCUGGAAACGACGGCGACGAUAGUGAGGACGACGAUGACGAAGAGGAUACUGGUCGUGAGUAUGACGAGCGAGACGGUAAGGGCAACAAGGACGACGAAGGUGAAAAUGGGGCAGAUAAGGCGGAUGAGGGGAGGGAGGAUGAUGAGAGCAAGUACAAGGGAAACGAAGAAGAGAGAAAGGAAACGAAUGAGGAGUGGAAUGAGGAGAAUGUGGACAACGUCAGGGAAAAGGAUGUGGAGGUCCAACCACGGAGCAGCAAGGAGGAUGCUUGCUGAAGUACCUGUUCCUGGGUGUCAUUGUGACCAUCC